AUGCCGAGCAGAGCCCGGGUCUCUGCAGCUGGUUCCCCAGCAGCGCGGCUCAGCGCGGCUCGGCUCCGCUCCGCCUGGCACAGCACGCCCCGGCCGUGCCUCCCGCGGUCUCCGCUGCCCCCCCGCGGCAGCAGCAGCAAAAGCGACCGAACCCAUCCCUGGAUCCCUGCCUGGACCCCUCCCGGACCGUACCCUGACCUCGUGCACCUUGCCUUGUCCCACCGCUGCCCAGAGCCCGCCCGGAGCCGGCUGCGGCAUCCCCGCAGCCCUGGCACCCAGCCUUCCCUGAUCCACUCCCUGUGGGAUGAGCACAUGUGUCCCUUGGGGCAGUUCCCCUGUGGCAAUCUCUCCAUCUGCCUGCCCCAGGCCCUGCACUGCAAUGGGGAGGAUGACUGCGGCAAUGGAGCGGACGAGGAGAACUGUGUGGAUGACAGCGGCUGGCUGCAGAUCUUGAGCGACAUGCUGGCUGCCAGGAGCAGCAGGAUGCUGGUGGAAGAUGAGGGUGAUGCUUGCUGGCUGGAGCUCUUCCCAGAGCAGUGCCGCUGCUGGGGAAGGGCUGUGGAUUGCACUGAGCAGGACCUCACCACUGUCCCCUUGGUCUCCUCCAACGUCACCAGGCUGGACCUGAAGAAAAAUCAAAUCCAUUCUCUGCUGGACAAUCAGUUUGGCAGCUACAGGAGGCUGGAGAAGCUGUUUUUGCAAAGCAACAGGAUCUGCUUGAUCUCACCCAGAGCCUUUUCUGGACUUUCUCAGCUCAAAAUGUUGUUCCUCAGCCACAACAGGAUUGUGCAGCUGCAGCCCCGGGUUUUUGAGGACCUGCAUCGCCUUGAGUGGUUGAUGCUGGACAACAACCAGAUCGCCCAGAUCGUCCCCAUGACAUUUGCAGGGCUGAAGUCUUUGUAUUUCCUGUACAUGCUGAACAACUCCUUGAGUCAGAUCCCCAAUGCUUCGCUCUGCACAGAGAUGCCAAAGCUGAGCUGGCUGGAGCUGGAGGGGAACAGGAUCGAGGCGGUGCACAGGGCUGUCUUCCAGGAGUGCCACCACUUCACAGUGCUGAUCCUACGCAGAAACAAGCUCAGGUGGAUCCAAGAGGGGACUUUUUCCAGGCUCAGCAGGCUGGUGGAGCUCGACCUCUCAUCCAACAGCCUGGACCAGCUCCCCCCCUCGCUAUUCGAUGGCCUGGCUGAGCUCCAGCAGCUGAAUAUUUCCUACAACCCCUUGAAGGAGAUCUUCCCCAGCCAGUUUGAGAGCCUGCCCCAGCUCCGCUCCCUGAGCUUGGAAGGGUUGGAGAUCCCCAACAUCCACAACCUGACCUUGCAGAAGCUGACCAACCUUUCCCACAUCUACUUCAAGAAGUUCCAGUACUGCAGCUACGUGCCCCACGUCCGCAGCUGCAAGCCCAAUACCGAUGGCAUCUCCUCCUUCGAGCACCUCCUGGCCAGCGUCGUCCUGCGCGUCUGCGUCUGGCUCAUCGCCUGCCUCACCUGCUUCGGCAACCUCUUCGUCGUCUGCAUGCGCUCCUUCCUCGGCACCGAGAACAGCCAGCACACCAUGGCCAUCAAGUCCCUCUGCUGUGCAGAUGGCCUCAUGGGCAUCUAUCUCUUCAUCAUUGGAGCCUUUGACCUCAAGUACUCAGGCGAAUACAACAAGCAUGCCCAGGGCUGGAUGGGCAGUCUCCAGUGCCAGCUGGUGGGCAGCCUGGCCAUGCUCUCCUCUGAGGUGUCAGUCCUGCUACUGACCUACAUGACCCUGGAGAAGUACUUCUCCAUAGUUUUUCCAUUCAGAUACCACAGGACUGGCAAGAAGCAGACCAUCUUGGUGCUAGCAGCCAUCUGGCUUCUGGGCUUCUCCCUCAGCAUCAUCCCCCUGUGCUGUAAGGAGACCUUUGGGAACUACUACGGGAGGAACGGGGUCUGCUUCCCGCUGCAGUCUGACCUGAGCGAGCAGCCUGCUGCCCGGGGCUUCUCUGCCAUCAUUUACCUGGGCUUGAAUCUUGCAGCCUUCAUCACCAUCGUCUUCGCCUACUCUGGCAUGUUCUACUCCAUCCACAUCACUGCGUCCAAAACAGCCGAGAGAGGAGUCUGCUCGCGGGAAGUCACCAUCGCCAAGCGCUUCUUCUUCAUCGUCUUCACCGACGCUCUCUGCUGGAUCCCCAUCUUCCUCCUCAAGCUGCUCUCCCUGCUGCAGGUGGAAAUACCAGGCACUGUCACCUCUUGGGUGGUCAUCUUCAUCCUGCCCAUCAACAGCUCCCUAAAUCCCAUCCUCUACACCAUCACCACCACUUCCUUCCAGGAGAAGGUGAAAAGCUGUUUGCAGUCCAAGCAGCUGGAGCUGCACGAAUCCCGCCGGAGCUUUACGCUGGUGACACUGCAGGCCAGCACCUCUUGACCCUUUUCCAGUGGCACAAAAGCUACCCUGGGAAGCCUCCAGGCACCACCUCCAGCACUGCAGCUCCAGGAUGAAGCGCUUGGCUCCGCCCUGGCAUGCUCCUGAGCUGGAGAGUCGCUAAGCAUGGAGGUGUCCUCAUCAGCCAGCAGAUCUCAUU